UUGCUUGUUCUGUCAUAUCAUCGACAAUCUCCAAAAAGCAAUCAUCUCGUCAAUUAUUAUUAUCGUCUCAACUACUCGUCACUAUCAUGACAUCUGUUACGAUCGAGUGGCUCAGCAAGUGGCAGGGUUUCGAAACUGUCUUGCGUAGUCGAAUCAAGGAGAAAGGGGAACUGACUGUCGGCAAGGAGGUCAAUGUCUUGUACAGGUCGACUCACUACAAGGCACGAAUUGUUAAUAUAAAAAAACCAGGGCACCAUCUCCACUCGAGGGAAAAGAAGUCAGCAAAUGUUCGACCUACGGUGACAUCGUCGGCGCGGACCAAGCUGGCUCGGGCCCGCUCUAAGUUACAGCGAAGCAACCCAACCACGACUAAGCGAGUCAAGACCAAUCACCAAGCCAAGCCUCCGACACCAGCACGCCAAGAUGAAGCCACCCCAGCUGACAAGUGCCAAGCUGAAGCUCCUGCUUUACCCGACCAGCAGACUGAUGAGCAGGCUCUACAGCCUACACAAGUCGACCCCCCAGCCGGUUCUUGGUCUCCUUGGUCGGCGGACUUCGAGGAAGAAGACAGCGGAGUUGCCGAGACUGUCCAGCCGUCCCAGCCAACGAGCGCGACCUUCCAGGAGCCGCCCCGCCCCGAGGUCCCGAUGAGCCAAACAACGUACCAACCUCCACCAGCCCAGCCGACUGCACCUUACCAACCCAACCAUCUGACCGGGACCUACGCUCCAACUCAGUCCAACUCAGUCUAUGCUCCUCCAACUACCUACCAAACUGCUCAGCCCCGCCGAACGGAUUACCAUGUAGCUCCUACUCGACCUCAGCCCGCCUACCCUGUCCGGCUAGCUGAUGCAUGGUGUCAGGGGGCACCGUCUGUACACUCGUCGCCGAUUCUUGGUCAGCUCUGCGAUUUGACCCGGGAAGUACUCUCGCAGAAUCAGCAGAUUCUCCAGCAGAAUCGGGAGCUACUGCAACGGAUCGAUCAUCUCUCAAGAGAGCAGGCAUCGCUCCGCGAAGAGGUGAAGGGACUUCGUUCGGGUGACACAGCAUGUCGACCGCCUGUCUACAAGGAACUGGACGAUGACGUCAUCGAGAUCGGCUGUGGCGGGGCAACAACGACGAUGGCGAGAAUAACGUACAUGAGGGCAUUCGACUCGGCAAAGAACGCAAAGGGUCUUGUUCUUCAUCUCUUGGGGGAUUUCUUCACUGUGGAGGAAUUGGCACGUUCCAACGUCAAUGGCGGGGAUGUAUUCAACGGAAGAGAGUGGGUCACAAAGGACGCCCUCCGGACAGAUCCAAAGUUCCGAGCGAUGAUGGCCCAAGUUGAGGUGCAAUAUCCAGGAUCGACGGCCACCAGGGACCAGCAGAAGCAACUGAGGCAGUGCAUAAACAACAAGUGUCGCAAAGCCGCAUCGAAGUUGAGCCGCCGUUGAGAUCUUGCCUUUUCGAGCAAUGACAGUUAACAGAUAUGUCAUCAGUGGUUCUGCAUUUUGAAUCAAUGAACUUUAUUGUUGGACUUUCUCGCAAUUGGAUGAAUAUUUUUGCAAUGUAAACUCGUAUAAAUGAAUUACAUAGCGUGGUCGCUGUGGUUAUUUUGUAAUCGUACAUACAAGGGAUUAAAUGAAAUGUAAUUUCCACCAUA